UGGCAGCGCCCAUGAUGAACGUCGUGCAGUGGUUGGUUCUCAGAGUCAAAGAUGAACCACAGCACAAAGUCACCCAAUAAUUGCUGAUUUAAGUGCUAACGAGAGCGAAAACGUUGCGUACAGUAUGGACAGACGAGAAUUCACAGCCUCCCUUGUGGCAGGCGGUUGUGCAGGAAUGUGUGUAGAUCUUACUCUCUUCCCUCUGGACACCAUAAAGACAAGGUUACAGAGCCAGCAGGGCUUCUACAAUGCGGGAGGCUUCCGGGGCAUCUAUGCAGGGGUCCCAUCCACUGCUAUAGGCUCCUUUCCCAAUGCUGCUGCAUUCUUCGUCACCUAUGAAAGCACCAAGUCCCUCCUUGCUGGCUAUGCUGCUUCAAACUUGGCCCCCAUCACUCACAUGCUGGCUGCUUCACUAGGAGAAAUUGUCGCCUGUCUGAUCCGUGUACCGACUGAAGUGGUAAAACAGAGAACGCAGGCAAAUCCCUCCCUCAGUACCUAUCGUGUGCUGCUGAAUACGCUACAAGAAGAGGGUUUCAGAGGGUUAUACAGAGGUUACGGCAGUACAGUCCUCAGGGAG